AUGGCGCCACAAAAAUCUGUUGCUGAAGUUCCGCGCUCGAUUCUUCCCCGCUUGACGUGGAACGGCUCAUCCGCUCGAACGAGCCUCACGGCCUCUCACUCCGCUCCUCUCCCCGCCGGAAGAAGGCGAAAUCAGCGCACACAAGGCUGGACUACUCUUACAUGGCAAACACAACCACCACUUCGAGCGCAGCUGGCUGCAUCGUUUUCCACGGCAUGCCGAGAAAGCGGUGCUUCGUCUUCGAUCGCAAAACGCUUCCCUCGUUCGAUAUACUACAAGACCAAUACCCGGAGUACAGAGUCUAUCGGCGACCCUAUCCGGCAUAAUGGAGUGUAUGUUGCGACAUUCGACCCAGCUCGUCGAGCGUUCCAUGCCACGGUACCGAGGGAGCGAGACCACCAUUUCGAUACGCUGAAAUUCGUCCAGCGGCUCAAAGAUGAAGGCUUCAGCGAAGAGCAGGCUGUCGCGAUGAUGCGGGUUCUGAAUGACGUUAUUCAGGAGUCGAUCCAGAACCUUACCCGGACAAUGGUUCUGAGGGAAGACACCGAAAGAUCGGCCUACACCCAGAAAGUCGACUUUGCGAAACUCCGAUCAGAACUACUCAACGCAGACUCGACAGAGGCACAGCUGACACGCUCGUCACAUGAAAAGAUAGCUGCCGACCUUGCAAAACUCAACUCGCGACUACGGGAUGAGAUAGGGCGCACUCAGGCGUCCGUCCGUCUUGAUCUUAACCUUGAAAAAGGCCGCAUUCGGGAGGAAGCGAAUAGCCAAGAGAUGCGAAUUAAGGAGACAGAAACAAGAAUUGAGCAAGAAGUUGCAGGUCUGAGGGAACGUGUGGAAGCCGUCAAGUUCUCUACGCUGCAAUGGCUUAUGGGCGUUUGCACUGGUACUGCCGCUUUGAUUCUCGGUGCCUGGCGUCUUCUGAUGUAA